UAGAGUGGUAUUACUGUGAAAGAUCAUCAAUUAAAAACAGAUCAAUGAGGACUGGAGCAUCAUAUUAAAACUCAGCACUGAAAAGUCAAAAUCAGAAAAGAGUCGUCCCCCUCAGAACAUCAAUGAUCUAAACGAGAGCGAUGAAAACAAAAAGUGAAGAAAAAGUCACGUGUUCAAAGCUGAAGAAGACAGCAGCCAUGUUCCUGACAGAAGCUGGAUGUCUGCUUUUCAUUCUUUACAUAUCAGGAGUUCAGGGACAAACAAACAGCAUCUGUGCAUUUAAAGGUUCAUCAGUGAAUCUGAGCUGCUCUGCUGGAGAUUCAGCAGCAGACAAAGAAUAUAAAUGGUUCACUGAGUUCACAAAGGCCUCAGAGAGUGACUUUCAUGAGGUUGUUGUGGAUGGAAACCAAAAAAAGUACAGAAUAUCUGAAGGGAGUCGUCCCACUCUGACCAUCAAUGAUCUAAACAAGAACGAUGAGAAAUUUUAUGUCUGCUGUGAAUCUGCUGACAGACGAGACAUCUGCAGCAGAAACCAAACUCAGCUCUAUGUUGGAGAGCUGCAGGUGAAGGUGUUUCCCUCCAAACAUGGACAGACAGUAACACUCAUGUGCAGCAGCAGCUGUCCUUUCACUCCAAAACACACAGGCUUCAUCUGGUUCAAGAACAGACAGUUCCUCUAUCAGGACUGGUCUCCAUGGUACCAAGAGCUGGUCAGCGGUGAGGAGGCAGUCACUUACUCCUGUGCUGUCAAAGGUCACGAGGAUUUCAGAGCUCCUGAAGUCUCAGUCGAUUUAGUCACAUCAGCUUGUUUCAGAGUGACCUAUGCUGGAGGGAGCAUGUGUUCAUCAGGAGAGAAACAAUGUUCAAUCAUGUUUCCAACAGAAAUCUUUCUCCACCAGAGCUUUGUAGACCAACAUCAUGUCAAAUUAAACUGCAGCAGCAGCAGCAGCAGCAGCAGCAUCAGCAGCAGCAGCAGCAGCAGCAGCAGCAGCAGCAGCAGCAGCAGCAGCAGCUGUUCUCUGACUGAUCCUCAGGCCUCCAUUGAUUUGUUUAGGAACAGAAAACCAGAGGAAAAGCAGAAAACGUUUCCCUUAUCAUCUACAGACACCUUCACUUGUGCUGUAAAAGAUCUUCAGGAUAUUCAUUCAGCUGAUGUCUGUAUUGAUCACAGCAGCUGCUGGACUGUGAAUUGUUUCCCAAAAAGAAUCUGUGCUCUGAAAGGCUCUUCUCUGAAUAUCUCCUGUGAAUAUUCACAUUCUCAACACCAGCAGCCAAUAAUGAAACGUUGGCUUAAAAUAAACAGAAAUAUAAACCAGAAAGAAGAAGAGAUUAUAGAAAAUAAAUACAAGGUGAAGUUUUAUGACUCCCCGAACAAGCAUAACCUUAGAUUUGAAAAACUGAGUAAAAGUGACUCAGGAGAAUAUGUGUUUGAAAUAGGAGAAAACUCUAAUGAACUGAAAGAAUCCACUUUUCCUGAAGUUACUUUGAUUGUCACAGAUCUGAGAGUUGAGAUCAGACCUUCUUCAGAAGUGACUGAGGGUCAGAAAGUCACAUUAACAUGCAGCACCAGCUGUCCUCUGACUCCCAACUCAAACUUUCACUGGUAUUUGAACCAUCAACCUCUGAAGGUGGAAAACAAACACCUGGUCAUAGAUGCAGUCACCAGUCAGGAUGCAGGAAACUACUCAUGUGUUGUUAAAACAAAAGAAAUCUUCAUGUCAUCAGUGAAGACUCUCACUGUUAAAAGCAUCAACCCAACAUCAUGGGCCGCUGUUGUUGGAAGAGUUUCAGCAGUAGUCUUAGUUUCUAUCUGUCUUGCUGCAGUUUUCCUGUGGAUUAGGAGGAAACGUUCCUCAGCUCAAACCUCAAGAAUUUAAGCUGUCAACAAGCUGAAGAAGGUAAAGACUUCAACGAUGGCUAUUGAAAAACAAUUGUCUCUCUAGUUUCUUCUGCUCUGUAAAGCUGAGAUGAUGAACC